AUGAGCGACCACAGUGAUUGCAACAACUAUCGCGGCAUCUCCCUGCUGAGCAUCAUGGGAAAACCAUUUGUCUGUGCUGCCCUUGCCAAACUGCAGAUCCUGGCUGAACACAUCUAUCCCGAAUCCCUGUGUGGUUUCAGAACUGGAAAAUCGACAAUUGACAUGACCUUCUCAAUCCAGUAUCUGCAAGAGAAAUAUCGUGAACAAAGGUAUAUGUCCAUCUGCAUCCUACCCAGGCUGACUAGGGAAAGUGAACUCAUGAGUUCAGAAGAAAGCCCUUUAAGCGUAGGCGGGCGCCUUGCCGACUCCCGCGCAAGCCCGCCAACCGAAAUAUUGCGCAAGUGCGCCAUGAGGUGGGGUCGCUCGCCUGACGCCACCGCAGGUCAUUUCACGCUCGUUCAGGCCAGGCAGCCCAAGGGAAUAAUUGGACCAAUGUUUGAGGUCAGUGAGUUUUCACCAGAACUGGAAGAUAUUAGAGAUGUAACAAGCACAGAGCUGGGAACAAGACUGGGAGACAUUGGGGCGAAAGAACAAAAGGCUGUAAGUGCAGUUGCAACUCAAAUAAAGACAUCUCCUGGGAAUGUCAAAUUCACAAAGGUCCCAUGGAACCAGGUCAACUAUCCUGAAGGCAAACUGAUCUCAGACAAGCUGUCCCAGGAAGCCCUGUCCCUGACUGAAAGUCAAGAUUUCACUAAGCGGAAGGUGGAAACUCAGAGCAUGAGUGACCCAGGCCACUCUCAUAUGCACACCACCCAAUGGCCUGUCACUGAGGGCCUCGUCAAGGUUUUGCAAUUAAGUAAACCUGAAUCUUCCGAAGUCUCCAACUCUAACACAAAAUCGGAGACUUUUGCAGAGGGUCCCAGGGAGCUGGGGAAUUUGCCAUCAGAAGUUCAAACUUCCCAGGCAAUUCCCAUGGAAAAGAACAAUCUAAGCUCCAUUUGUCUUGCCAUGGCACUAAAGACCCACAUCCCUGGUGCCAUUCGAGCAAAUCCCUAUUCAAUUCUAUUAAUCAGAAAGGCUGGCUCAGGAGGUUGGGCUGUCCCGGGCACUUUGAGCGACAGGUUGAGGCUGAAAUUCUUGAACUUUUCUUCUAACAGAACGAGCGCCGUCCACUCUGCCAAGCAGUCGACAAACUCAAGCUGCGCUGGAUGGAUUGGUAUGGGGAAAGGAAGCCCUUACCCUUUGGCUAAAAAGCUCCGCUCGUCUGCUUUUACGAUGCUCAUUUUCUCCCUGUGUCUGAAUUCAGUACGUUGCCAGCAGUGUAGGAUCCAGAGAUGUAACGCCGAGUUUGUGGCUGCUACUUCUCCGGGGAUUGGAUUGCAAGAGGAAGCGGAGGCAGGAGGAGGCGGAGGCGGCGGCGGCGGGGGAAACGGCGGCGAUUUCUGCAUCGCUCUGCGGGCUUACUCGCAAUGCACCAAGAAGACGGCCAAGUACUGCCGGGGGGACCUGGUCUACCACUCGGCCGUGCUGGGCAUCACCGACCUGAUGCUGCAGCACAACUGCUCCAAGACGGGACCCACGGCUCCGGUGAAGCCGGCGGCCACCGAGAGGAGCCGGGUCCCCGAGCUCUGCGCCUACCGGAGCAAAGCCAACUCGCUGGGGGACGAGGGCCGGCACCCGCCGCCGAAGUUUGCGCACUGUGGCUUGUUUGGCGACCCGCACCUCAGGACGUUUCGGGACGAGUUUCAGACAUGCAAAGUGGAAGGCGCUUGGCCCCUGAUCGACAACGACUACCUGUCUGUGCAGGUCACCAAUGUGGCAGUGGUGGAAGGUUCCAGUGCCACAGCCACCAGCAAGAUUACUAUCAUAUUUAAAAGCUAUCAGGGAUGCACGGAGCAGAAGGUUUAUCAAGCAACCACAGACGACCUCCCAUCAGCAUUUGUGGAUGGUACAAAAAGUGGCAGCGAGAGGGAGGGCGAGAGCAGCUUGAGAAUACUUGAGAAAGCCGGCAGUCGCCAGGUGGAGAUCCAAGCCCGCUACAUCGGCACCACCAUCAUCGUGCGCCAGGUGGGCAAGUACCUCACCUUCGCCAUCAGGGUCCCUGAAGAAACUUUGAACUAUGCGGACGAGAGCGUGUGCCUGCAGCUCUGCCUCCAUGGCUGCCCCAGAAGCGAGCUCAUCAAGGAGCACACUCUAUCCAGGAGGCUGACCAGCCCCCGGCUUCAGGGGCCCCGGCAGGCGUACACGGUGGAGAGCGCCACUGCCAAGUGUCGGGAGAUCCUCCAGGUGGAGGAUGUCUACUUCCACUCCUGCGUCUUCGACCUCCUGACGACGGGGGACCCAGCCUUCUCCAUGGCAGCUCACGGGGCCUUGGAGGACCUGAAAGCACUGCACCUCAAUGUUCUCAAAUUGCACACGUCCCCCAGGACUGAGGGUGGCAGAAAUGGAGCUCCAGGCCAUCACCAGAUAGCCCCCAUUUAUUUGGCAUGUCUUGUCUUAGUACUAACCCUCAUGUAGUGAAUGUGUAUACCCUCCAGAUUGCAAAUUGUCUAUAUAAUAAUAUAUUGAAAUGUACAUAUGUGAAAAUGAUGUGUAAAGUGCCUGUACAUAUAGUUGUAUUGUAUGUUGAGAGCCUCGGUUAGUAACUAGAGUUUUUUUUUUUGUGUACCCGUGUUUUUAAAAAUCCUUUUUUUCAGGAUGUGAACAGAUGGGCAUCUAA